AUGAUACACGUCGCCGAUUAUAUCGUCUUUUUUGUGGUCGUUCUGUUUGUCAUACUGCAAGCUAUCUUCCAUGCAUUUAGACGAGGCGGACAACGAACACCUAACCAGUUUUUCUUCGGUGGGAGGUCGUUGAAAGCGGUGCCAAUCUCCGCAUCUUUGUUGGUAUCAUGUAUGUCAGCAGUAGCUCUACUCGGAUACCCGGGAGAGGUGUACGAAUAUGGUCUCGGCUACGCAUCGUUCAUUCUCGCGAUAGUAUGGGUGUAUCCUGUCGCUGCCUAUGUCUUCGUCCCAGUCAUCAGAGGGCUACGAAUUACGAGCUGUUACGAGUACUUUGAUUUACGCUACAACUACUUGAGUCGAUUGGUGACCUCAGCGUUAUUUUUAAUAUUGAGUGCUUUUUAUGUUGGUAUUGUAAUGAUGGGACCAGCUAGCGCCCUGGCAACAGUGUAUGGUUUUAAUGCAUGGGAGUGCGUGUUAUUCGUGGCUGUUAUCUGUACUCUCUACACAACUCUGGCAGGGGUGAAGGGUAUUGUGUGGACUGACGUUGUGUUCUUUGCAAUUAUUUUGAUCACCAUGGUAAUUAUUCUGAGUGUUGGCUCCACUGAACUUGGUGGGGCCAGCAACAUCUGGGCGUACAACGCUGCAGAAGACAGACUGAAUUUCUUUCAUGUUCCUUUUGACCUGACAGAGAGAGUGACGUUUUUUAACUGCAUCGUUGGUGGCGGUAUAAACCUAUUGGCACUGUUAGUCACACAGAUAAUGUUGCAGAGAAUGGUGUCAACAGUUUCUACCAAGGAGACCAAAAAAGCGGUGUUGCUGAAUAUGCCAUACAUGUGUAUUUUUCAACCAAUACUAUAUUCUAUAGGAGCUAUGGUAUUCGCUUACUACAAUGGUCGGGAUUUAGAUACUAUAGUCGGCGCUACUACAGACCAAAAUUUGAAAUCUGUUCCAAGCAUAGUGCCAGAAACAAUGACACCGACCACAAAUCCCGCGACUCUAGCGUCAGCAAUGAUAGGUGUACCCCGCCAAGAACCGACAUACUACUCUUCAGACGAGGUGUUGGUGUUCUUCGUACGCGACUGUUUUCGAUUUAUGCCUGGUUUCACCGGUCUUUUCUUCUCCGCAAUAUUUGCUGGUACCGUGAGCCUGGUGUCGUCAUCAUUGAGUGCCAUGGCCGCAGUAACGUUAGAAGACUACGUCAAACCCUGGAUUAUUUGGCGAUCCAGGGGACGGGAAAUAUAUACGAACGACGCCAAGAAUCUCAUGAAGGCUCAGAUAAUUGUUGUUAUGUUUGGAUGUGUUAGUGUUGCGUUUUCGUUUCUUGUCAUGAGCAUGGACUCGAUGCUAGAAGCAAGUAACAUUGUCCUUGGUGUCUUCGGUGGACCCUUACUGGCAGCCAUGUUGAUGGGUGUUGCCUACAAACGAUCCACUGGCACUGGUGUAGUUGUUGGUAUUCUCGUUGGAUUAUCGAUGGCACUCUGGGUCUCCGUCGGUGCCUUAGUACACGCAGACCACUUGGACGAGGUUCUAGUCGUAUACUCGCUGUCCUUCAUGUGGUAUGGAGCGUGGGCGUUCUGUGUCACUUUCAUCGUAGGGGUCAUUGUCAGCGAAGUCCACAGACGCUCGUCAAAGCAAGAAAGAGACGCCGACCAACAGCUAGUUGCAAUAUUUCUCAGGGAAAAAGAAAAAACCAUUAAAACAACAGAGGUCUUCUUCUCCGAUAAGGAGAUUGAAAAAAUGCUGGGAGAGGCGGACGGCCGAUCCUUAGAAACAAUCAAAGAGGCGAGGAAACGAAAAACUGCCAAAAUGCGAAGUGUUAGAAAAGACGCAGCCGCUGAAAUUGUGGAAUACAGAACCGAACAGAAGCGACGUUUCGAGAAUAUCGAACGCAGUCGCAUGUGUCAUGAUGACUCUUAUGCCAGAUCCAUCGAGAUAGAGACGCGACAGAAAAUCAAAGAGGCAGACAGGAUGUUUCACAAAAAGAAGGAGAUGGUGGUGGAUUACGUAUUGUCAAUGGUGUGCGAUAUAUCCCCACAAGUCCAUGAAAACUAUUAUUUCGUUAACAGUUGCGUCGGUGACUAUGACAUUGACCAAGGCAGUGACCAUGACAUUGACCACAGCUGUGACAACAGCGGUGACCACGACAGUGACCACGGCAUUGACCACGAUAGUGACCACAUGGUAGACCACAAUCAUGACAGUGACCACAAGAUUGGCCACAACCAUGACAAAGACUACGGGGUUGACUACAACCUUAACAGUGAUUCCAAUAUUGAUAACACACUUGACAGCUACAUCACAGCAAACAAGUUCCAAGAUAGUUACUACCAUUUAUAA